AGAGAAAUAUAUAUAUAUAUAUAGAGAGAGAGGAGAGAGAUUUACACACAGCGAAGAGAGACGACAACCGACGCGUUACUGAGGGGCUUGAAACGCACUGCUGAAGUUGGAAGAUUUUGAAGCCAUUCCCCCUCCCAUAGGCAAGUUAAGAUAAAAGAGCAAAAUCAAGACCCAGGAGAGAGAGGAAAAAGUGGAAAUGGUGCAAAAUCUGCAACAGGCAUGAACCGGAUGAACGGACAUCACCAACAGAAUGGUGGAGUGGAAAACAUGAUGCUUUUUGAAGUUGUGAAAUUGGGCAAGAGUGCUAUGCAGUCUGUUGUAGAUGACUGGAUAGAAUCCUACAAGCAUGACCGAGAUGUGGCACUCCUUGAUCUCAUCAACUUUUUCAUCCAAUGUUCAGGCUGUAAAGGCAUUGUUACUGCUGAGAUGUUCCGGCACAUGCAGAAUUCUGAGAUCAUCCGAAAGAUGACAGAAGAAUUUGAUGAGGACAGUGGUGAUUAUCCUCUUACGAUGCCUGGUCCUCAGUGGAAAAAGUUCAAGUCGAGUUUCUGUGAAUUUAUCUCUGUACUUGUACGGCAGUGUCAGUACAGUAUCAUAUAUGAUGAAUACAUGAUGGACACUGUUAUUUCCCUGCUGACUGGGUUGUCCGACUCUCAGGUCAGAGCAUUUAGACACACCAGCACACUGGCGGCUAUGAAACUAAUGACGGCGCUAGUAAAUGUGGCAUUAAAUUUAAGUAUUAAUAUGGACAACACCCAGCGGCAGUACGAAACUGAAAGAAAUAAAAUGAUUGGCAAACGAGCUAAUGACCGGUUGGAGCUUCUGCUGCAGAAGAGAAAGGAGCUUCAAGAAAAUCAGGAUGAAAUAGAAAAUAUGAUGAAUGCCAUUUUUAAGGGUGUUUUUGUGCACAGAUAUCGUGACGCAAUAUCUGAGAUAAGAGCAGUCUGUAUUGAGGAGAUAGGAGUGUGGAUGAAAAUGUAUAGUGAUGCCUUCUUAAAUGACAGCUAUUUGAAGUAUGUGGGAUGGACCAUGCACGAUAAGCAAGGGGAAGUGAGGCUAAAAUGUUUGACUGCCCUGCAAGGCCUCUAUCACAACCGGGAGCUGAUUCCCAAACUGGAACUUUUCACAAGCCGCUUCAAGGACAGAAUUGUUUCCAUGACACUGGAUAAAGAAUAUGAAGUCGCUGUACAAGCAAUAAAACUUCUUACUCUUGUUUUGCAGGGCAGUGAUGAUGUUCUGACCUCAGAGGACUGUGAAAAUGUUUACCAUUUGGUUUACUCAGCUCAUCGCCCAGUUGCUGUGGCAGCAGGGGAAUUCCUUUACAAAAAACUUUUCAGUCACAGAGACACUGAAUCUGAUGAACCCACAGUCAAACGAAAAGGGAGGCAAGGUCCAAAUGCCAACCUCAUGAAAACAUUGGUGUUUUUCUUCCUGGAAAGUGAGCUGCAUGAACAUGCUGCAUACCUGGUGGACAGCAUGUGGGAUUGUUCAACAGAUCUACUCAAGGAUUGGGAGUGCAUGACCAGCCUCCUUUUGGAAGAACCAGUCAGUGGGGAAGAAGCCCUGACAGACAGACAGGAAAGUGCACUCAUUGAGAUCAUGGUGUGUACGAUACGACAAGCUGUAGAGUGUCACCCUCCAGUUGGCAGAGCUUCGGGCAAAAAGGUGUUGACAGCAAAAGAGAAGAAAUCACAGUUGGAUGACCGGACCAGAAUAACAGAACAUUUUACAAUAGUCCUUCCUCAGCUGUUGACAAAGUAUUCUAUUGAUGCCGAGAAAGUGACAAAUCUUUUACAGUUACCACUGUUUUUUGACUUGGAAAUCUACACAACUGGCCGAUUAGAAAAGCACUUGGAUUCGUUAUUGAGGCAGUUGAAAAAUAUUGUGGAAAAACAUACAGACACGGAUGUGUUAGAGGCCUGUUCUAAAGCUUAUCAUAUACUCUGCAAUGAAGAAUACACUAUAUUCAACAGAGUGGACAUCUCAAGGAGCCAGCUAAUAGAUGAAUUGGCAGAUAAAUUCAGUUGUAUGCUUGAAGACUUCUUGCAAGAGGGUGAAGAACUUGAUGAAGAUGAUGCUUACCAGGUCCUUUCCACGUUGAAAAGGAUCACUGCCUUCCACAAUGCACAUGAUCUUUCAAAAUGGGACUUGUUUGGGACGAAUUAUAAGUUGCUAAAAACCGGAAUUGAGAAUGGAGAUAUGCCAGAACAGAUUGUCAUUCAUGCACUGCAAUGCACUCACUAUGUCAUCCUUUGGAACCUAGCCACAGUUUCUGAAGGCAGCUCAAAAAAGGAGCAGCUAAUAUUGUUAAGAAAACAGAUGAGAGCUUUCUGUCAGAUUUGCCAGCACUACUUGACAAACAUUAACACAACUGUUAAGGAACAGGCUUUCACUAUCUUGUGUGAUAUUCUGAUGAUUUUUAGCCACCAGAUUGUGUCAGGUGGACGUGAGGUACUGGAACCUCUGGUUUACACUCCUGAUUCAUCUCUUCAGUCAGAACUGCUCAGCUUCGUCUUAGACCACAUAUUUGUUGAGCAGGAUGAGGACACCCACAGUGCAGAUGGGCACCAGGAAGAUGAAGCUGGUAAAAUUGAGGCUUUGCAUAAAAGGAGGAACCUUCUCGCAGCCUUUUGUAAAUUAAUUGUAUAUAAUGUUGUAGAGAUGAAUGCAGCUGCAGAUGUGUUUAAGCAGUAUAUGAAGUAUUACAAUGAUUAUGGUGACAUCAUCAAGGAAACCAUGAGCAAAACUAGACAAGCAGAUAAAAUUCAGUGUGCAAAGACGAUCAUACUUAGCUUACAACAGCUGUUUAAUGAAUUGGAGCAGGAGUUUGGAUUAACUUUUGAUCGAUCAACCCCAGGUUUUAGUUCUGUAAAAGAACUUGCUCGACGUUUCUCACUAACAUUUGGUUUGGAUCAACUGAAAACCAGAGAAGCUGUUGCAAUGCUACACAAAGACGGCAUUGAAUUUUCCUUCAAAGAACCGAGCCCCCAUGGAGAAGGGCAUCCUCCUAUGAACUUGGCUUUCCUAGAUAUCCUGAGUGAAUUUUCUUCUAAGCUACUCAAACAAGACAAAAGGACAGUUUAUUCAUACCUUGAGAAGUUUAUGGGAGACCAAAUGGCAUUGCACAGAGAAGAUGUGUGGCUUCCAUUAAUAUCGUAUAGAAACUCCUUACUGACUGGGAAUGAUGACGACACAAUGUCUGUGGUCAGUGGAUAUAGUAGCAGAGGCUCUUCUGUGAGAAGCAAGAAAACAAAACCAGCAACAGGGAAACGAAAAUUGCCAGAAGUGUGGACUGGACCAAAUGCUCUUUCAUGGUCUUAUGACUCCACAGAGGAAAGCAAUGAUGGAUCAUGGAUUGGCAGAGAGCAUAGUUUGCAGACGCCACUCAUGAUGCAGUCCCCACAGUUGACCUCCACUGUUAUGAGAGAACCUAAGAGGCUCCGACCUGAAGAAUCUUACAUGGGGGUGUACCAAAUGCCGCCACAACAUCACCCGUCACACGUGGAGUACAAUCCUCAGAUGUCCUGGUUGAUUGCUCAGAGACAACAGGAGGAAGCAAGGCAACAGGAGAGAGCUGCCAUGAAUUACGUUAAAUUAAGAUCUAAUCUUCAGCACGCCAUUCGGCGUGGUUCAGGGCUAAUGGAGGAUGAUGAGGAGCCAAUAGUGGAAGACGUGAUGAUGUCCUCAGAGGGUCGUAUUGAAGAUCUGAAUGAAGGCAUGGACUUUGACACCAUCGACAUUGACCUGCCACCAUCCAAGAACAGACGGGAAAGGAACGAAUUAAAACCGGAUUUCUUUGACCCUGCCUCAAUAAUGGAUGACUCGGUCCUUGGGGUUUCAAUGUUCUAAGGAAAUGUCAUUUUGUGAAUGAAUGAAUGAAACCAGGGGCAGUUUUAAAAAGAGAUAUUUUGGUGAAUGCAGUUAAACUAUUAAAACUGUACAGAUUUUCUCCUUUCGGGAGAAUGCUUAAUGGAUUUGUUCACUGUUCAUCUAGAUUAAGUGCAUUGAGAGGCAGUUUGUUGCCUGAUAAAUUGAUAUUUUAAGAGACUGUGUAUAAUUAUGGAAGCAAGUUAAAUUCCUUCCAGUAGUGCCACUGUAUUGUGUCUUUAAUUAAAUGAGCUUGGUGUAGUAUGUUUGAAAGUUUCUCUAAACAAUUAUUUGACUUGAUAGAGUUUGGGAAUAGGGAACUAAAUUUUAAAUAAAAAAAAUUAUAUAUAUGAUUGGUGCUGAUUUUAUAAUUGCAAAUCUUGUUCAGUUUUUCAUACUUUGAAAUUCCAAGCAGAAGGACGAGGUUUAAAAAUUAUAAUAAAAAUUAACAACUUCUAAAAUAGCAUGGGUAUUCAUGCUUAAGUAAUUUUUAAAUUUGUAUUUUAUAUUUUAUUUACAUCUGUCUUUGCAAGCAAUCUUCAGGUUAAAUAAACUACAACUGGUCAUAGUACAUCUUGUUCUAAUGUAAAUUAGUUUGAAGAUACUAGCCAUUGAAAAAUUACCCAUUUAUGUUAUUCCUUAAAUUUGGGUUUUAUGUUUUCAUUUUUAUGGUAAAUGUUCUGUCAUAAUUAUAAACUAAAAGUUUCUAAUAAUUCAUAGACCGCUUUUCAACAUUGUUUGCAGUGCUCUGGCAGUUGGAUGUUUUAUCAACUCUAAGUUGACAUUAACUUAUAAUAAUAAAAAAAUUCAUGACAUUU